AUGGAUUGCAGGCUCACUUUCCGACUUUUUGUCUUGGUGUUGACAGCUGAAGCCCUGGAAAUCGGCACCCCCAACAACCAGGUUUUCGACGAGGCUGUGGGAGAGCAUGUGAGGCUGGACUGCCAGUUCACCACUGCCCCGGAGGAUGAGGGACAUUUGGAAAUCGAAUGGACCGUCAAAUCCGUACGCCACCCGAUGGAAAAGGCCGAGCUGCUCAUGUAUGUCGCCGGCCACAUCUACGAAUACUAUGAACCUCUAAAGGGAAGAGUCUACUUCCAGUCAGACGACCCUGGGAAAGGAGAUGCUGGCAUUCAGCUUUUGCGGCUGACUCCCUCAGACAGCGGCAUCUACUACUGCCAAGUCAAGAAGGCUCCAGCCAUCCGUAACAUCAAGGCGGUCCUCAGAGUGCUCCAAAAGCCAUCCAAGCCCAGGUGUUCUUGCACUGAGGGGGCCGGAGAUGUUGGCAAAACCGUGGUGCUACAUUGUGCAUCCGAGGAAGGUGCGCCGCCUAUCAAGUACCACUGGUCAAGAGUACCACCCUGGAAACUGCUACCCCCAUCUGCACUGAUGGAUGAAACGUCAGGCACAAUGACCAUCCAAGAUGCCAGAGAGAGCGAUGCAGGGACUUGGGUAUGCACUGCAAAGAAUCGUGUUGGUAUGGAGACCUGCCUCCUGGAAGUGAGCCUAACAGAUCCUCCAGCGUUGGGUACAAUUAUUGCAGCUGUGACAAGCACCGUGGCCAUCAUCGGGGUCAUCUCUUCCAUCACCUUCUUCAUAAUACGGCGUCUACGGAAAAAACCAGAGGAGGUGUCUAAUGAGAUCCUGGAGGAUGCAACUCCCCCAAAAUCCCGCCGCAU